GAACUAACAAAAUACUAUGGACGGAAGUGUGCCUUGAAAGGAAUCACGUUCGGUGUUCAACGUAAUGACUGCUUCGGAUUAGUUGGAGCUAGCGGAGCUGGCAAGACAACAGCAUUCAGUAUAAUAGUGGGCCUGACAUAUAAAAACAGUGGCAAAGUGUUGCUCAACGGUCGCGUUGUGAGAGGUAUUCCUGGAAUUGGUUUCUGUCCUCAGUUCGAUUCGCUGGCUGAUAACCUUUCUGCCUAUCAGAACAUGGUGAUCAUAGCCGGUAUGAGAGGAUAUCGACAUCCUGGGCGAAUAGUAAAGGAAAUUCUUCGGCAGCUGCAGUUGACCAAUCAUUGUCAAAAAAGCUUUGGUCGACUGAGUGGUGGACAGAAGCGUCGAAUAAGCACUGGUGUGGCCAUAUUGAAUUCCUCGAAUCUUCUAGUACUCGAUGAACCUACAGCCGGUAUUGAUCCAAAGGUAAGCUUUGGCGCAGAU